UCUCCACGGCGCAUGCGCAGAUCCCCAGCAGGUUCCACGAGUUUAUUUCCAGCGUUUUCUCCCUGGGACUCGGUCUGUGAUCCGUCUGUGAUGCUGACAACCGACCGAGCUCCAGCCCUGCGUCACGUCUCCUGCCAUGUUGCUCCGGGGGGCUCCGCGGACCUGAGGUGGAACGUGUCCGGUGCUCCGAGGUCCGGCGGGGACAUGUGAAAUGUCUCUGCGGGGUUUGUCGGCUCUUCCAGGCGGCGACUGACACACCGAGCCAGGCUAGCGAGGCUACCUUAGCAAGCUCGGCGGGCUAGCGUUAGCCGCACCGCUGGCUGAGCGUGUCGCGGCCCCGACGCAGCGUUGAUCGCAUCAUCUGUUUGUUUAUUAAUCUCUCGUUUCUUGUUUGUUGUUGAGCUCCACACCGGUCGGUUGUUGUAGUGUCCACAGGCCGGUGUAGCACGUUAGCCUAUGCUACUUGUAAGCGCUGCACGCUCCCUUUAGCCACCGAUCCCCCCCUCAUCGAUACUCGGGCUUGACAGCGGUCACAUUCUCCAGGGUCGGUGAACCCGGCACUGACAUGCGGCGCUGACACGUCUGUUGGUCGGGAGCACACGCAGCAACACGCCCGUCACAGUGCCUUUUUUCUAGCGUCGUGGCUGACAUGGCAGCCGGCGGAUUCUCCGACCUGAGGCAGAAGCUCAAGUCCAUGCCUCCGCACAGGGACGAGUCCAAAAAUAAAUACGUGGACGGGACGAGCAACGGCAGCGGGAAGGGGCGGAAGCGCGAGUACCGGGAGUCAGACGGCGACGAGUGCGAGCACGGCGAGGACAGCGCGGAGCUCCGGGAGCAGGAGGCCCGCCGGGUGAGCAGCAGCAUCCUGCAGGAGGACGCCUUCACCCCGGAGGAGUGCGCCCUCAUCGAGGAGAAGAUCGACGAGGUGGUGGCCCAGGGAGAGGCCGGGCUCUACCGGGAACACACCGUGGACAGGGCGCCCCUCCGCAACAAGUACUUCUUCGGGGAGGGCUACACGUACGGGGCCCAGCUGGAGAAGCGUGGCCCGGGCCAGGAGAGGCUGUACCGCAAAGGGGAGGUGGACGACAUCCCCGGCUGGGUGGACGAGCUGGUGAUCAAGCGGCUGGUGGCCAACGGAGUGAUCCCGGAAGGGUUUGUCAACAGUGCGGUGAUCAAUGAUUACCAGCCCGGGGGGUGCAUCGUGUCCCACGUGGACCCCCUGCACAUCUUCGCCCGGCCCAUCGUGUCCGUGUCCUUCUUCAGUGACAGCGCUCUGUGCUUCGGCUGCCGCUUCCAGUUCAAACCCAUCCGGGUGUCCGAGCCGGUGUUCGUGCUGCCCGUGAGGAGAGGCAGCGUCACGGUGCUCAGUGGCUACGCUGCAGAUGACAUCACCCAUUGCAUCCGGCCCCAGGACAUCAAAGCGCGGCGUGCUGUCAUCAUCCUUCGAAAGACCAGAGCCGAUGCCCCUCGAGUGGACUGCGACAGCCCUUUAAGUUCGCCCCCUGUAGAGAGACCCGCUCCUCUGAAGGCCAAACGCUCUCAUUCUCAUCGCAGAGCACGGCCCGAUGCUGCACACAGGCCGAGGGUCCUGGAGAUGGAUAAAGAGGAGAACAGACACCCGUCAUUCUCCCGACAGCGGCGCCGCAGCGGCAGCUCGGAGACCUACUGGCGGCGCGGCCAGGACUCCGACAAACACCGGGAGAGCUCAGGACGCAAAGUCAAAAUGAGGCGCCACUGAGCGCCCGUCACUCACACACACGUACACUAUUAAAAUAUUAUCGUUUCUUCUGUGUAUUUUAGCCUCGUAACUUGAUUUGAUCAGACAUCGUUUUUCUCUUGCUCCAGUUUUAGUCUGGCGCACGGAGCCCAGUCAUCGUAGCGUCUGCAUUUUGAGUUUGGUUUUGAGUGUAUAUUUGUUUCCUGGCAGACGAAGCUGCACCUUAUAGAACUUCAUGUUACCUGCUGCAGCUCGACUCUGUUGUCUAACUGUUCGAUUACCUUUAAAUCAAACAUUUAUUUUGUUCCUAAUGUGCAUAGAUACGAAAUGGCAUGUAUUUUUUUGUAACCAAGAUGUACAGACCUUAAGAGCUGAAAGGAAGAUGCACCUCUGGACUUGUACAAAAGAAAAACCUGGGCUGUGAUCUAACUUGUUAUAAUGUACAAAACAUUUGUAUAGUCUUUGAUGGGGGGAACUUUUAUGCAGAAUGAAACUUUUUUGUUUGUUUUAUGUUUCACCUUCAUCUCUAAUCCAAACCUUUACUGUGCCAUCCCAUCUCCUUCCUCUCUGUUAACUUUAGCCUCUGUCACAGUUCAGGUUGCAGUGACUGUCCGGUUUCCUACCAGGCUCUGUGUUUUUAUUUGAUUCAGCCGUGGUUCCUCUUCCUGAAGGUCACACUAUGGGAUGUCAACUUAACUGAUGCUUAAUGGAGUGAGGAAAUAUACUCAGGCCUUGUUUUACACUUUAGUUUCAGUCUGAGGUUGCAGUUCCUGAUAUAGUGACAGAUGCCAUGUUAUUGCUAAUCUCUAUUAAAUCUAACUUUUCCUCAUUCGAGUUGUAGUGAUUUCGGAGCAAAGCCGAAACUUAUUACGUCUUGUUUUCUUGGGUUUAAAUUCUUGGUUGGUAUCUUCAGAUGAAACUGUCAUAGUUUGGUUUGUUUGCUGUAUGCAUUUUUUUUCUGCUGAGUCAGCCAUAUUUCCAGAGGCACUCAUUAGCCGACUGGUUAGUCUGGAGUUACACAAGAAUAAAAAUAACCACAGAGCAGAUAUUACUUUCUACAAAUAGGAUGGGCGGCGUUCAUGGUUUUCCUGAAGCGCUGCUGGAGUUGUGAACAUGUUAGUAAAAAGUUUUAACUUCUCAUGAAGAAUACUGGAGCUCCUCUGCCAGGGAACGGACACCAAGCCUUGUGGGCAGUGGCAGCACUUACAGUGGUGCAAUGAGCUUCAGUGGUUAUAAAGAUGGUGACGUCUUAUUAAAAUAUGGCUGAAAAUAGUUAAUUUCUCAUCAUUAAAUCACAAUUGUCCUAAAACUAUGCUGAUUGUUAAAUGAUCAGCCACUGAAACAUCACAGAACUCUUCAAUUUGACUGGAUUAACAUUGACUCUCAUGUCAUCGAUGGAGCCGUUAAGAUUCACAUAUAAUUUAUAUGAUCCCGCUUCACGUGAUCAGUGUAACUUGUUCAUAUAGUUCAUGUUAGAUGUGACAUUACUUUGAGGCAGUUUGUAACCUGUUUAAACUGAUCAAGCAGUGUCAUGAUAACUUCUCUGUUCAAUGAUGCAGCGGCUAUAUAAUCGUGACCAUAGACGAUAUAUAUGAAGAUGGACGACAUACUAACGAAUCACAUUAGUAAUCAUAUUAUCACCCUGUUGUUUUUGUGUGUGUUGAGAUCUUUGCAAUCAAAUGUAUAAAGGGUUUGUACUUUU